ACCUAGUUUAAAUUCUUUUUAAUUGUUUUCAUCCGUCGCCGCUAGUUGUCAUCUGGAACCACAUUUGGCUUUUCCCUUUGCCAAUUUUUCUUCACUAUUUUAACGUCGCGUAAAGGGCGGCAAAACGCCUGUCGUGCAAAGACGUCCGAACAUCAUCCGUAAAAACACGCAACACAACUAUUUUGAGGCUGCAUCUUUCGUCUCUUGUGACAAAACGAAGGAAUUACCGUUCUCACCCCCCCAUUCAUCGCUCUCUGAUAAAUGAGCCGCGAUGAACACUAUGCAAAGAAAGCAUCUACUCUCGCAGCUGGCCGCGGCCGGCUCCGGCGUCUGCUCCCGUCAAUAACAUUCGUUGCGGUACACUAUGGCUACUUUGUAGGCGUGUGCAUAGUGAGCUCCCUCGUGCUUUGGGCCUCGUCCGGGCCAGAUGCCAGCAGCAGCAGCAGCGAUGGCGCCGCCGCUGGUCGCCACGGUCGCGUCGGCUACGUCGAUAGCCUCUUCCUUGUCGUGUCGGCCAUGACCGAGACGGGCUUGAACACGGUCAACCUCAGCGAGCUCAAUACGUGGCAGCAGACGAUCUUGUUCCUGUUGAUAGUGUGCGGCGGCUCCGUCUGGGUGUCCAUAUGGACCGUCCUGGCUCGCAAGUGGGCGUUUGAGCGUCGGUUCGACGAGCUCGUCGCGGCCGAAUGCGCUGCCGCCGGUGUCUCGCCAUCGCCGCCUGGUCUGCUGCGGCGUAUCGCCUCGCGGCUGCACACUGUAUCGUCGGGCGUCGAGCCGGGCUCUCUUGGGAGACUCGACGAUGCCGAAGGUUUCGGCGGCGUCGUCCUCGCGGGGCCAUCGUACUCCAUCACCCGCGACACGGCCCUUUCAAAGUCCACGUCGCUGACGAGGCGGCGGCGGGCCGGCCAGGGGGAGGCAAUUGCACAGAUGAGAGCAGACAUUCUGCGGGGCGUCGUCGAUCGCCAGAUGCGCGGCGGCGGUGGGAAUCGUCACGUAGCCAAACUCACCAGCGAGGAGCGGUGCCGGCUCGGCGGGGUGGAGUACCGCGCGAUCAGGCUCCUCGCGGUGGUGGUGCCGCUGUACUCUGCCCUCUGGCAGGUGCUGGGCUGCCUGGCCCUCGCGGCGUGGAUCCAGGUCAACCUCCCGCACCCGCCGGUCAGCAACGGCCUCAGCCCCAUCUGGCUGGGCAUCUUCAACGGGGCGUCGGCGUUUAACAACUCGGGCAUGUCGCUCCUCGACGCCAACAUGGUGCCCUUCAACCAGGCGUACUUUGUCCUCGCCACCAUGGGCGCCAUGAUCCUGGCCGGCAACACGGCCUACCCGGUGUUUUUGCGCCUGGUCCUGUGGGCGGCGCUCGGGCUGCUGCGGCUAGCGAGCAGCGACGCGGUCCUGCCGGACCUCAAGACCGCCCUGGCGUACGCGCUGAAGCACCCGCGCCGCGUCCACCCGCACCUGUACCCGCCCCGACAGACGUGGUGGCUGGCGGGCUCUGUCGUGGUGCUCAACGCCGUCAUGUGGGUCGCGUUUGAGCUGCUCAACCUCGGCAACCCGAUCGUCGAGUCGCUGCCCGGAGCCGCCAGGGUGGUGGAUGGGUUGUUCCAGGCCAUCGCUACCCGGUCGGGCGGCUUCAUGGUCGUGCCGAUGGCGCAGGUUUAUAUUGGAAUGCAGGUGCUUUAUGCAAUCAUGAUGUAUAUCCCGGUGCACCCCGUCAGCAUCAAAAAGUCCAUCGUGUACCGGGCACGCAGAGACGUCGUCCUCGGUAUCCACAGCGAAAGCGAGAAGACACCCCCACCGACGCUCGGCCUGGAACAAGAAGACGCCCACGGGGAGAGCACCCGGGCCUUCCUCUCGCGACAGCUCAAGGCGAGCAGGGUGGGGCGGCACGACGCGUGGGUGCUCGUGGCGGCGGUGCUGGUGAUCACGACCAUCGAGACGGGCCACUUCCUCGGCGACCCGGUGACGUGGUCGGUGUGGAACGUCUUGUUCGAGGUCGUCUCGGCGUACGGCUGCGUGGGCGUCUCGACGGGCGUGCCCUUCGACUCGUUCAGCUUCAGCGGCGGGUGGAACGCGCCCAGCAAGCUGGUGCUCUGCCUCGUCAUGCUCAAGGGGAGGCACCGCGGGCUGCCAGAGUCGGUCUAUCCGGCGGUUGUGCUGCCGGGGGAGGAGGAGGAUGUCGAGGGGGUGGAGUGAUGCGUUGGGGAUGGAUGGGGUGGAAGGGGGUUGAAGGUGGAAAUGGAAAGGGGUUGAAGUUGGAAGGGGGGUACAAUGAGAUAGAAGGUAUGGAUGUGGACAUGUCGCCAUGAUGUGUUGUUUGGUAGGAGUAGAUUGACAGCCUAAAUCCGCGGCUGCUUGCGCAAUGAAGCGACCAAGAGGAUUGACCAGAG